CGGAGUCACGUGGUCAGAGUCGCAGCUCAGGGAGGCGGAGUCACGUGAUUCGGGGACCUGGGAGGGGUCGCCAUGGGCACCGCGCUGGAUAUCAAGAUCAAGCGGGCGAACAAGCUGUACCAUUGUGGGGAAGUUCUCACUGGAGUGGUGGUCAUAACAAGUAAGGAUGCAGUCCAGCACCAGGGUAUCUCCUUAACAAUGGAGGGAUCUGUCAACCUGCAGCUGAGUGCCAAAAGUGUUGGUGUGUUUGAAGCCUUCUGCAAUUCUGUUAAGCCUAUUCAGCUUAUUAACAGUACUGUAGAAAUGGUAAAACCUGGAAAACUGCCCAGUGGUAAAACAGAAAUUCCUUUUGAGUUUCCACUGCAAGUGAAGGGGAACAAAGUUCUCUAUGAAACCUACCAUGGAGUUUUUGUCAACAUCCAGUAUACCCUUCGAUGUGACAUGCGGCGCUCUCUCCUGGCUAAGGAUUUGACUAAGACUUGUGAAUUUAUUGUCCAUUCGCCACCUCAGAAAGGUAAACCAACCCCAAGCCCAGUGGACUUUACUAUUACUCCUGAAACUCUACAGAACGUGAAAGAAAGGGCACUGCUCCCAAAGUUUCUCAUAAGAGGCCAUCUCAACUCUACAAACUGCAUCAUAACACAGCCCCUCACAGGGGAGCUUGUGGUGGUCAACUCAGAUGCUGCGGUUAAGAGUAUUGAACUCCAGUUGGUACGAGUGGAAACCUGUGGCUGUGCUGAAGGUUAUGCUAGAGAUGCCACUGAGAUUCAGAAUAUUCAGAUUGCUGACGGAGAUGUCUGCAGAAAUCUUCCUAUUCCAAUCUACAUGGUAUUCCCCAGACUCUUCACCUGCCCCACCUUGGAAACCACAAACUUCAAAGUUGAAUUUGAAGUUAAUGUCGUCGUCCUCUUGCAUGAUGAUCACCUCAUCACGGAGAACUUUCCACUGAAGCUCUGCAGGCUCUGAUUAAUUAGAACAGUUUCAGGAAUACCAUUGGGACCAGAAGCCUCCUAUCAGUUGGGAAUCCAGUGUGUUGGCACUGCGAAAACCAAGCAAUGUGAUUGCUGCCGUGUAUUCUCAAAUCCUAUGGCGAUAGAAGAAUGAAAUUUAGGUGUUCUGUACACUUGCAGCUAUAAAAGUGCUCUCUCAAGGUUGUUGCCCAACAUCAACCAGCUGAAUUUUGCCCCGGUUCUACUGUGGAGUCGUGUUUAUCAGAUGUUGAAGAGUUGCCUCUGCUUAUGGUGAAACUGUAUCACAUACAAGACCACUCUCUAGCUGAACUACCCCUUCAUCUGCUUGAUCCUUGUUUGUAUUGGUUCUGCUAGCAGGAGAUCAUAACACGAAGGAGUUUUGUUUGCCAAUAUGUCAUUCCAGUUGAAGCCAUUUCCUAUCCAUGUCAGCAUAUGCUCACUGUGCUUACAUGUAGUAAUGCUAUACAAAUUUUGAAGAAAAUCUACUGUAAUCUUCGAAAGAGCUGUGUGGUAGGAAUUAUAUUUACCUAAGCAGCAGACCUGAAUUUUUCAAAACUGAAUUUUUCAAAAACUGCUAUAUAGAAAUUCCUGUUUUCGCCAUCGGCAUUUUAAAUAAAAACUUUGAGUGAAUGCUCCUGGCCAUCAACUGCCCGUGGGGGGUAUUUUGGCUUGGGUGCAAUGGUUUAACAUAAAUAGCAUAGGAUUCCUCAGUAUUGGAGCACCAACUAUAAUGAUUAGCUCUCAUUUGCCUGCAAGCAGAAUGGUAUUACACUGCCAUCUUCGGACAAGUUUGCCUUUAGAAUGAGACGAAAUCCACUUGAGUUGAACUAAGGGAAAAUUGGGACAUAGAAGAGGAGAUGGUAGAAUAAAUAUCGUACUACCUAUCCUUGAAAGUUGUCAGCCUACAAGCUUACUAAAGGAAUGGAACCACCUGGUGAUGUUCAUUUUUGCCUAGACCUGAUCCCAUGUCCUUGCUGCAUUGCCUUACCAGGUUCUAAAUGUUGUACACCAACCAAAUACAGCCCAUUCCUGAGUUGUGGCUACUUGCAUAAAGUAAUGGAAUAUGUAGUUCAUUA